UUGAACAAAAAUAAUGUCCAUGUCCAGAGUGCUAUUAAGAUGAAUGGCCACAAGCCAUUUAGCAAUGCAGUGUUAAAAAUGUGUAUUAGUUAGACAAAAAGAAUAUCUUUACCCAAGGUCCAUUUACUCACUUUUUCCAGUGCUUUCCAUCACAUUUUGCAGUCAUCCUCAGCAGAUGGAAUUUGUUCAGCUGUCAACGGGGGUCCCCAUAUACGAUCACCUGUUAUCACGUGACCAAAACUCCAUUCCAAGGUAAUGUGAUGACAACUGUGGUAUCUUCAUGACAACUGAGCAAACUCCAUCAGAUGAGAAAGAGCAUAACAGGUAAUUACAAUAAAGGUACCGUACGAAAAUGCCUGAUCCCUUCUAAGAGACGAGUUCAACUUGUAUUUUAAAUAAUCCCUGUUGUAAACAUUUUGAGUUCCAAGGGAGAAAGAAAGAUAUCUGUCCAAAGGUCUGAAAAAGCUUCCUUUAUUUUCAUUUUUUGGAGGCGUGAAUAUUUAUGCAGGUCAUUUACAUCCAUCUUCUAUCAGCAGCUGAGUGCUGUAAACUGAGUGCCAAUAUAAAUAUUUUACACCACCUGUAAGCAGUGGGGAAGUCAGUGCUUUAUUGUCUAGACAUGAGAUAAGAGUUAUGUAUUAUAAAAACCAUGUAUAGUAGAGAAAUCCUGAACAAAUAUACAGGUGACCAGAGAAGGAUCUGACAAGAGCUCUGCAGUAGCAAUAUUUUUUGUGCAAAAGUGACUCAUAAGAGAUGGCAUUUCAGAGUGGGAGUUCAAAUCAUGUCAAAUUGCAGCAUUGAUAAAGAAGAUGCCACCCUUAGGGGUAAAUAUGACUCAACGUGUUUCUCGACACACAGGAAGUCUUUAAAAGGAUGGAUUACAAAAGCUUGAGUAUCAGAGUGGGGAAACAGAGAUGGGGGGGCCUGCAAACCCAUUUCUUAGGAAAAAUUUUCACUUUAACUGAGAGUAUAAAAGGAAGUUGCAGAAAACAUGGGUCUCACAGUAUCAGCACGGGAGGACUCUUCAAAUCUGAGUAGAGGACUGCAAAAACGAAAGGCUUUGCUUCAGUUUGUGAGAUACAAGGAGUCUGCAUCAUUUAAGACGAGGAUGAAUACUUCAAUCCAGUGCAUCAUUGUCCUGGCCUGCUGUAUCACUUACACUUCAAUGGCUAUUUUGCAAUGCCAGUGUAUAAAAAGCAGCAGGUCUGUUGACCCCUCUCUCAUCGCUGAUGUCAAGGAGUAUCCGCCUCGUCCAUACUGCAACAAAAAAGAAGUAAUUGCCGUACUGAAAGAUAAAACCUUACGGUGUCUUGACCCCAGUUCACGCUUCACCCAAGCAGUCCUGCAGACAAUAAAAAUGCAGAUGGUGGUCCGUGCUGCUAAGAAGAAUAUCACCAGCCCCAAAACAACCACAGCAUCAGCCACAGUGUCAGCUACAGUGUCAGCUACAGCAACGCCAGCAUCAUCAUAAUGCAAAUGUGUUUAUCAUCGUUGCAAUUAAACAGAGGUAUCUAAUUUGUACACCUUCCCAAAGGGUAAGGGUAUGGUUGCUAUUAGUUCCCGCUUGUUUCUACAAAAUCAAACCCAGGCACUUGCUGAAACAAGUGAAAUUGUUUCACUUCAUUUGUUUUGAGUGUUGCUCACUGGAAGCUAAAAGUUAAUACUCCAGCAGCCAUGACUGAGGAUGGCCACAUUUAGUAGACAGUUUGUGAAGCCAGAAUAUUCUUCAGGGUAAACAGAUGCAUGUAUGAAGUGUGAUUUAAGUAUGCUGAUAAGACUAUUGUAUUUCCACCCUAAAAUACCUGCCUUAAGAUUUGAUCCACGGUUAAUGUGUUUGUUUUUUAACUACUACUAAUUGUAUCGUAUGUGUCCACACUACUGUGAUUUUAGAAGUAAAUCAUCGUCUUUCAAUAUUUUGUAAAAGACUUGGUCAUGUUGUAAUUCAAGCUGGCAGAUAAUAAUGUGAAGGUCAGUCAUGAAAGAAAUGAUGGUAAAAGUGAGCUUU